AUGCAAACGAGACGCCAUUUCGACUCAGACUCCCCAUCUGACAAUAUCAGCAAGUUCAAAGUGGUUGUUUUGGGUGAUCAAGGUGUGGGAAAGUCAGCCUUGGUGUGGAAGUUCGUUUACAAAGGAUACGAAGACAAAUAUCUGCCAACCAUUGGAAUAGAUUUUUUCACGAAGACAUGCUAUCUAGGUGAAUAGAUUUUAAUAGUGUAAAUAUUAAUUUUGAUUUGCGUACUUUCAGGGGCUGAACGUAAUAAAUUUUCUGUAAAAGUGGAUUCAUUUACAUGAUAAGCUAGGAGCGGCCCUCUGUAGUCCAAAGUAAGCAAAUUAUUUUCGUAAGGACAGAAGCUUGUUUCAUGCGAUAUUUUCGUUGCAGAUUUAAGACCGCUACUUUCGAAGAGGGACGAACAGGAGAGUGGGUUGCGUAGGAGGAGAGGGGGAGGGGAGUUAUUAAUUUUGUGACGCUCGCUUCUUUAUUAACUGUAUUGGUUCCAACACUAAAAGAAUGCCCAUUAGAAACAAACUCUUCAACCUUCUACUUUAUUUCAAUAAUGAAGACGAACUGGGCGAGGGAAGGAAAGGCCAGCACUAAUUUUUUUUUGCCCAGAUGUGUAUACAGCCGAAAAGACACACUUGUCAAAUAUCUGCGCACGUGCAAACUUUGAAAUGUAAUGUAUAUGCUUCCUGUCUCUAGGAAGUCAGAACCUAUUCAUCUCACCAGAAUUUUAAACAGCCACACAAGACAGUAGCUCUCGGUAUAUGUCAAAAGCAUACAAUAGCAAGUUUUUGUAAUAUCUUGGCUAGAAAAUAACAUUUUGGACACCUUGAGCCAUUACAAUGGUAAAAGUUAUUUCUCGAAAUUUCAGAUGGAAUUGCUGUCCGUCUGCAAAUCUGGGAUACCGCUGGCCAAGAGCGUUUUCGUUGUCUCAUACCUUCUUAUCUCCGUGACUGUCAUGUGAUCUUGGUCUGUUUUGAUGUGACGAAUUGCGGCUCAUUGGACAAUGUGCCCGAUUGGAUCGAGCUGGCACUGAAAGAAAAAUGUGGUCAAACAAAGGAUUCGUUGAUUGUUCUGGUGGGAAAUAAAGUGGAUGACAAAACUAAUCGGCAGGUGGGUUCUAUUCAAAAUUUUAGCACGAUUUUGCAUCAGAGGAGGAAUUGAGCAUGAGAUUUCACGUAGAAAGGCAAUGAAAUGAUAGUAAUAAUAAUAAUAAUAAUAAUAAUAAUAAUACUAAUAAUAACAAAAAUAGUGAUGAUAAUAAUAAUAUCAAUAACACAAUAGAGUUCAUAAUUGUGUUUUAGGCUAAAUGUUUAAUGCUAAGUUUAAUGCUAAGUUUAAAUGAUUCUGAAAAAGAGCCCAAAAAAUAUUUGUGGCUAAGGGCGUAAAUCGUAUUGCAAGUAUUAUCACUUUGAAAGGCAUAGAGGAACAAAAAUUAAAAAAAAAAAGAGAAAGCCAAAAAACUAGUCUCGAGAAUCACGCAAACGUGCGAGUGUAUGGCCCGCCAAAAUCUCCAUUUUAGCCUGAAAAAUACGCUUCAAUGUCCCUCAUAGUGAUAACAAUAGCAAAUAAACAAAAUUCUGAAAAGUAAAAUCGUUUAUUUCUUUUACUUAAUUUGUAUUUAAUCAUACAGAAGGAUGAAUUUCGUUAUCCGACUCAUUAAAAUCGUAGUAAAGACCAGUGUAAAAAGGUAGGCUUCUCUUUUGAAAUCAGCGCCUUACGCUAUAAAAUUCUCUUUCACAGAUUUCUUACGACUGUGCCAGUUCGGUAGCGGAAUUAUUUCGUGUGCCCUAUGUGGAGACUAGUGCUCUUACCGGAUAUAAUGUAGAGCUGUUGUUCAGGAAGAUAGCAAAAGAAAUGUUGGUCAAAGAACUGGAAAGGCGAAGACGAAAUAGAGUGCAUGGAGAACGUGAUCUGCAGGUGGAUAUUGUCGAGGAAAGGGUGGAUAAGUAUGUCAUAAAUCUUCAAACUACAGAAGAGCAGAAGACAGCUAUUCCGAAGAAACGUCGACGAUCGUGCAAAUGUAGUUGAAGAUUUGUCAAUUGCUGUACAAUACAGUGUUUUAUAUCUCUUUUGCAUCAAUAAAGACUAUAUUUCUCAAAGAUUUGAUGGGAUCCAUUGGUUAUUUUUAUCGAUUGUUUGUAUUCGCUCCCUAAUCCUGCCCGCAAGGCAUUAAGGGACCUCUGGGAACGAGAUUGGACCAUGAACUUGCUAGACAUAACGAAACUUCCCGAAUGCGAUUUACAACGCACAUUUCAGUUGAAAAAAAUCUUCCAAAAAAACAUUUUUUUGCUUGAAAUUGUAUCGUGAAACUUCUCCCUAAUUUAGCCCGAAAAUCGCUCCCAAUUUUGUCCCAAAAUCGAAGAGUGCCCAAGAGUACUGCAAGUGUAUGGUCCAAUACAGUGCAUUUUCGACCUAGUUUUGAACACUCUUAGCUGUUAUGACUAUAACAAAAGAGUGAGCAGAAUUAGUUUAAUAAGAUCUUUAUGCUUAGGUCACCUUUGGAAGGCGUUUAUUUGAGAGGAGUUUAACUGGAAUUACACAAUUAGAGUGUUAUCUCCACCAAUUUUAAGAGCUGAGUUUAUAAGUAAUAUGCAGACAAAAUAAGAAGUUCUUUUUAGCGCCAAAGAACUUUUUUUGUCUGGCAGUAUAACCGUUUCUAACAGGUCUCAUAAGGAAUUCUCUUGUCUGCCAUGUAUAAUUCUUAUCAUGUUCUGAUAAUUUGGUAUUGGAUCAACUAAUAAAUGAUAUUCUCAUCAUUUUUCUUCGCGUUAUUGUAAUCGCUAUUAUUGUAAUCGUAUUUUAACGAGGAAUUCUUCCUUGGUCGCUGACGGUCGAUUUGGGUGUUUGGGUGUCCUGUGGACUUCUCAUGUGCAUUGUUCCUUGUCCUGUGCACAGCGAAACUUUUAUUCAGCAGAGAACUGGGACGGAAUAGAGAGCGCCUGGCGAAAAGAUGCUCGAAAGAAAACACAUUGGGGCAGCAAAUAACAUAGAGUGAAUUACUUCUUUCACACCAGAUCAACGUUAAUUCAGUGUAUUUGGGGAAAAGAUAUGGAUUCAAAAUCUGGGAAUACAAAUGAUGAAUCAGCUGCCCAACAAUCCUCGAUCGAUGAAACAGCGUCAACAACUCACAUGGAAAAAUUAAAAAAGCGACUUGUUUCAGCAGGACUCGUUUUACCUCCAAGCCGAUUUUUCGGACGGGUUUUGACACGAGGGCUCAUAGUUGUUUUGAUUUGGGCAGUGCUAUGGUCCAUUAUUGGUGCCGAUGCUUUACCUGGUGGAAAUAUUUUCGGGAUAUUUAUAGUGAUCGUUGCGGCAAGUUUGUGUGGAUUCGUCGUUAAUAAAAUUCCCUAUCUUCACCUUCCUCCCUUGCUGGGCAUGCUCGCGGCUGGAUUUCUUCUGCGAAACGUGCGCGGUAUAGACAUGGCUCGCCACAUCGACAAACGCUGGUCCUCUACCUUACGAAGUAUGGCUUUAGUUGUGAUACUUGUUCGUUCAGGACUCGGGUUAAACACAGCUGCAUUGAGAAGACUGAAGUUUACUCUAGCUAGAUUAGCAUUUCUCCCUUGUAUACUAGAAGCUGUUAUGGCUGCCGUACUCGUGCAUCUUCUCUUAGACAUGAAGUGGCUUUGGGCUUUUCAACUUGGGUAUGUACAUGCCUUUAAUUCUCUUGCUAAAGAAUUACAAAGUCGAUUAGUUCACCUACUCACACCAACUCCUUAUCAACUCCCCCUCCCAUUUUUAAAGCUCCACUUUUCUUCCAUAUCCUUCCAUUAAGUUUUGUGUCAUGCUAACCAACCCUAGUGAAAAUCUUUCAAAGAUCUUUAAGGAUCUUUCAGGAUCUUCAUGAGGACCUUUGAAGAUCUUCACAUGGAUCUUUGGAAGAUCUCUGAAGAUCUUCAAAAUUCUUGUUAAGAUCUUCAAGGAUCCUUCAUUUUUUUGCCAAGAUCUUCAAGGAUCUUUCAUUUUCUUGCCAAGAUCUUCAAGGAUCUUUCAUUUCCUUGCUAAGAUCUUCGAGGAUCUUUCAUUUUCUCUCCAAGAUCUUCAAGGAUCUUCAAAGGUCUUGGCAAGAUCUUUAAGGAUCUUUCAUUUUCUUGCUAAGAUCUUGAAGUAUUUUUCGUUUUCCUGUCAAGAUCCUUGAAGAUAUUUUCUGGAUCUUCAAAGAUCUUUACAAGAACUUUGAAGAUUCUAUAAAGAUCUUUGAAAAUUCUUUGAGGAUCUUCUGAAUUCUUGUUAAGAUCUUUGAGGAUCUCUCAUUUUCUGCCAAGAUCUUCAAGGAUCUUUUACUUUCCUGCCAAGAUCCUGAAUCUUGGCAAGAAAAUUAAAAAUCUUGGAAAGAAAAUAAAAGAUCUUGGCAGGAAAUUGAAAGAACUUUGAAGAUCAUGUCAAGAAAAAGUAGGUUCCUUGAAGAUUUUGACAAGCAAAUUAAAGAUCUUGGCAAGAGAUUUGAAGAUCCUAAAAGAUCUUGACAAGAAUUUCAGUGAUCCUUGAAGAUCCUGGCAAGGAAAUGGAAGAUUGUUGAAGAUCUUGGCAAGAAUGUUAUGGCACCUUCAAAUUUUUGACAAGAAAAUAAGCAUACUUAAAGAAAAGUUUAUGGGAUGAAGCAUGAUCUUAACCACCAAAGAUGUUAACGAUUAAAGAAUGGAUGUAGAGGUCGGAUUAAAUGCUCACUCGGUGUAAACAACACAGGUGACAAUAGGUUUCUGGCCAAAAGAAAAAACCUCAUAGUAAGUUAAAAAGAAAAACUGAACCAAACCUAAAAAAAUGAUGAUAAAACUUUUUUGUAUUGCUAAAUGAGAAUUACCUAUCCUCUUUUAGUAGGACUACUUCUGCUGAGAGAAAAAAUUUUCCUUUCAGAUUUUAAGUUAGUAUUAAGAUUUUAAUUUUCCAAAAAAUCUGGCUACAGUGCAGCUCAAAGAUAAGAGGACCAAAAUAUAUGUGUUUAACUUGUCUAGGACUAGAUUAUGAUCAGACUCAGACUAGUCUUAAGGAGGGGGUAAACAUGAAAAAAGACACUCUUUUCAAACAAGAUUACCUCAAUAACUAUAUUUCUGAACCAUAUUAACUUAUAAACCAAAGGAAAGCUUAGGAAUCACAGACAAUGAAUAUAACUAAUAUGUUGCCCUAAACUAAUUUGUUAUUUGACACCAGAUCAAUCUGUCAACCUCAUGGUGUGAAAAACCUAGGUAUACUUGAGAAAAGAUAACUGUACUAAGAUUGCAUGAAAUCAAGUACUUUUAGUGUCAAAACAAAGUACUAGGGUCAUUCUCUUGGAUGAGGUGGGGAAUUUUGGGAGUCAUCUAUAUUAUGGGCACAGUACCUGUCCAAAGUUCACCAAAAUUAUUAGGUGAGUUCACAAUAACUUUCUUAAAAUUCAACUUAUGGAGAAAUUGUCCAACUCAACUCAAUGAGAGGAUACAGCCCUGAAAAUUACAGAUUAAUUGAACUAAUACAUCCUGAGGUACAAAAUAAGUGUUUUUGGGAAUUGAAAUGAAAACCUCCAAAAGAGCUCUUUAAGUUGGUUACACAGAACCAAGUAAAUUCACACCUUCUUUACAAACAUGUCCUUCAGAGAGCAUCAAGGAGAAUCUCUCUAGAUCAGUAAGCCCGUAUCCUUGUCCCUGAAACACAUUCUUUGCAUCCUUGCUCUCCAAGGGCUCAGAGCAAGAAUCAUUGGGCAAGGAUGGCAUCUUCAUUUUCUUUCUUGAAGCACCAAUGGAUUCCAUUUGAAAAAGGAAAAAACAAAAAACAAGAAAUAAAAAAAGAAAGAAAGGUUGCCACGGUUAUCUUUCUUGCACACUCUGAUUGAACAGUACUGUAAAACACUUUUCUUCCAGGUUCAAAAAGAGAUACCUUUUCAUAAGAGGCUCCUACAUUAAGUUGACCUCUAAAGCUGGUUAAAUGUUGAUAUUUCCAUGUUCAACAUGGAAAUGAUUUUUUUUAUUUACUUUUAAUUAUUUACUUGCAUUUUUUUAGAUUUGUUCAAGCAGCUGUUUCUCUUGCUGUUGUAAUACCUUGUUUGUUAGAGCUACAAGAGCAGCAUUAUGGAGUCAAGAAAGGAAUACCAACCCUUGUCAUGGCUGCUGCUUCCUUUGACAAUGUCCUUUGCAUAAGUGCAUUUGGGAUCUGCUUAGGAAUAGCAUUUGGCUCAGGUAAAAAUAAUGAUCUGUUUAGUCAGAUCAGUUGUGGGUUUUCAGGUUUUAAUUAAUUGAAAUUCAGAGUCCUUUAUAGUAAUGAAUAACAUUGUAAAAUUUGUCUCACUCCCUACAGGUCACUUCAUAGCUGUAGGAGACCUAACUGUCUCACUAGUAUCUGGGAGGGAUGGGUUGGACUGGGCCCCUCAAAGGCUAUGUUUUUAAUUUAUUCAAUUUGUCUCUCCUGCAAGGAUCUUUCUUUACUUCAAGGCAUGUUGGUUGACUUUACUCUCACAGUUUAAUCAGUUCAUAUUUCAUUAUUUUUAAGGUAACCUUGUAUUCAGCAUAUUCCGAGGACCAAUAGAGUUGGCUCUGGGAAUAAUUCUUGGAUGCCUUGCUGGUUUAAUUUGCUGGUAUUUUCCUAAUGAGAAUGAGGUAAACAGUAAUGAAGAGCUUAAAUAGAGAAUUCAAAUUUUUUUUGAAUUAUUGUAAACUACCAGUGUUAUUAUUUCUUUCUGUGUUUGUUCUGUGGUUAAGCUCUGGUUUGGAUGAAAAAAUAGUAUUUAAAGCAGAUGUGUUGACAGCCUUUUUAUCCCCUUUUUCUUUUUUUCACAAUUUAAACAUUUUCCGAUGACUUGGCCUAGUUUGUUUAAGUAUGUAUUACUAAGUUUGUUGCAAUUUUGCUGACUUUCAAGGUGUACCAUCACGGAAUACACCACACUGCUUUUUGAUAAACGCCUAGCUGUUUUAAUUUGUAACUGAUUUCUUUUACCAUCUCUGCAUUUGUUUCCUUAGACUAACUUGGCUCAAAACAGAGUAGUGAUUCUGCUGUCACUUUCACUGUUAUCAGUAUUUGGUAGUAAUGUGGCAAAGUUCUCUGGUGCUGGGGCUCUUGGGGUCCUAACCAUGUCAACUGUUGCUGCUUAUGGCUGGACACAGCAGGGGAAGGUACAUUACUGUUUGUCAACUAAUACUGCCUAGAAUUGAUGGGAAGGUAAAUGGUUUGAAAAAUGAAAUGUGGACUUUGUAAGGUAUCAAGUGUACCAGCCAGUCUAUCCUGUCUUCUUCAAUACAUCUUGAGUAGAUGAUUGAAAUACACAUCUCUAUCUUAAACCUAGUAGCUACAGGUCAGUUGAAAGUAAAUUCCAAAAUCAUAGGAAACCUCAUUGUCAACCUCAAUGCACCCUCUAAAAUGUGCCCAGCUUCCAUAUAAUGUGUUGCUUCAUAGCUCAGUUAGUGGUAGCACCAACUACUAUCUGGGAGGCAGGGGUGCAAAUCCUGUCAAAGUCUGAGUACCAUUGAAGGCUUCUUCUGCUCAAAUUUCAGCUCGCCUGUGAGGAUCAUUGAUUUACUUAAUAUUUAUCUGUUCAUCAAAUGAAAUUCUGAAAAUGAAAUUUCAUCAAAUGAAAAAGACUCCCCUGUUUUUUCCUUUAGAAAAAAAAAGUUCAUUUUGAAGGAGUCAUGAAACAAUUCUUAUUAAUAGUUGGACAUGGGAUAAUAGAUCCUUAUUUUAAGCUUUAUUUUCAUUUGUAGGUCCCUGUAGCCCUGGUGAUGUCUCUAGUAUGGCAAGUGUUUGAACCACUACUGUUUGGCCUUGUGGGGGCUGAAGUCAGUGUAGAGUACAUGAACAGUAAGGUUGUUGGUGAGUUAUUACAAUGGAAUAAUCUACAGGCAGGGUGUUGAAACUUUAGUAUGGUUGUUGCUCACCUUCAAUCUGGAUUUUUUCCCAGUCCCCCCAAGGUCAACUCCUUAUCUUUGUCAAAACCCAACUCAGUGGUUCACGUUGUGCCUGCAAGGGUUAUGACAAAAUUUUUUUUUGUCUAUUUAUUUUUUUGAAUAUUUCUUUACAUUGGUUAGGAAAGACCCCUCGAGGAAGUAACAAAUAAAGUUAUUAUUGUUGGUUAUUUUUAUUAUCAAAUUAUUAGGUAUCACUUGGUGGUGGUAUUAUUCUAGAGAGUUGGUGAUUUUUAACUUGUCGCAUGGCGAUAGACGUUUUUGUAUUCCAGAGUCAAACAUUAACGUUAUGAUUAUCAUUAUGUCAUAAUUAAACAGGAGGUAUACAGUCCUGAAUGAAUCAAAUUGCCGAUGAGUUCAGUUGAUGAAAAGUGUCAGUAUUGGCUCAUUGUCGUAUGAGUUACUGAAUACAGUCAGCUGAUCAUCUCAAUUGGCCUAACCCUAAAAAUGAUUUUUUACCUUUUUUUUCCUGGUAGGAACGGGUAUUGCAAGUUUGGUUGUUAGUCUGGUUAUACGGCUCUUCGCCACUUAUCUUGGCUUGCUUGGUAAUGACCUCAGUUUGAAGGAGAGACUGUUUAUUGCCAUAGCGUGGUCACCAAAAGCUACGGUUCAGGUAUGUAAAAAAUAAACAGGAUAUCAACAGGUAUUAAAUCUGGCCGAGUACGGGAGUUUCUUUAGAAAUGAGGCGUGCUGAAGGCAGAGGUAGCAAGGGAAGGAGAGAUGGAGGUAGGGAGAUAAGGAGGGAGGGGUGUGGGAGAGAGAGGGGAGGGGAAGGGGAAGGUUAAAGGACGGAACGAAUCUAUUGAAUGUUCUAAUUAUUUGUUGAACCGUGUGCGAAAUUUAGGCUGCCAUUGGUUCUGUUUCGCUGGACUUAGCUCGACAGAAGGGCUUCACAGGGCAAAUUGAAGAGGAGUUUGGAAUACAGGUGAGUUGCUUUCUUAGAGUGCACGAAUUCUUUUAUGAUUAUGUUUAUGGAUUUGAUGUUAGAAGGAACCUAUUAAUCUUCAAGCUAAAAGAUACUUCCACUGUUUGUAUAUUUGUUAUGAUAGAUUCUGACCAUUGCUGUUCUGGUUAUUCUUAUCACCUCACCCAUCGGCGCCAUUGGAAUCGUUUUGGCAGGACCGCGAAUGUUAGAGCGCAGUCUCCCUCAAGAAGUUGAGGUCGAUGGUGUUCUACAGAAAUCUUCCGGAUCCCAUGAAAGGAGGGAAAGUCGAUGUAUAGAAAGCACCGUGUAAUAUUAUUAUAUUUUUUUACGAUUUCGAGAACAGACUACUUAGCGAAGCAAAUCUGAAGAGUACUGAACUAUAGUUGUAUAUUUUUAACUUACCGAAAUGAUAAAAGAAAAGAUUAUCAGUUUUGCUAUGAAAUAAUUAUUGUACAGUCGCAAUUGACAACGAAAAUGCCAAGUUAAACUUGCAAAAAGCUUAGAAAAGUACUAGUGCAUUCACGCAGAUUUAAAUAAUUAGAAAUAAAGUCAGCGGCUUUCAUUAAAUGCAUUCAUUAAAUAGUUUAUUAGGAUAAUGCGCUACUGUUACAAGCAUUUGACCAGAAGCAUAUAACUUACUGAUCUUCAAUGUCCACUGUGCUUCUUAUUCUACAGCAGAGAGUCACACACGACUGACUAAUACUAAAUGAAAAACUAAAAAGUUGUUGGAAACAAUAAAACAAACCAUGUUAUUAACUAAUCGUUGGAAAACAAACAUUAAACA